UGGAGUCUUUUUUCCAGCUUCAUCGCCUUGCUUCACGCCUCUUCAGCCCCUCCUGGUUACCGCUAAAAAGUGACCUGCUUCCCCCAAGUGAACCCCCCCAGCCGUCUGACUCUGCGGGGGCGGCAGUGGCAUCUUGCUCAAGAUGGCCAUCCAAAGGACUAUCGCUAAUGCGUCUUCGGUCGCUAUAAGGAUAGGAGCCAUUCUCUUUUUCCGUGCUUUUCCCGCUCGACUGCCGUCUAUUAUCUUCGCCCUGUUUGCCAUAUAUAUCCCAGCGUUCUUGACGAGCUUCUUCUCUCCGCCUGAACUUGAAAUCGUGGAUGAUCAAGUCGACAUUACUGUCAAAGAAACUGUAGUUACACCCGAUGAUGAUUCGGAUCAAGAGCUUGUCGCAGAAGAAGUCGACGUUCAGGAGACGAUUUCUUACUCCGGAAAAGAUGUGCCAGCCUGGAAAAUCAUCUUUUAUGGUGCUCCUAGUUCAAAGCGCCCCUUCAGCUCCUUGCUGAGUUUUCUCAUCAACCUAGCAUUCGUUGGUCUUACUGCCGACGCCUUAUACCGCGCCAGGUGGUAUUAUCCAGCCAGUGACCUGUCUUUUGUGCGACUUGGAUAUGUCUCUCACAACGAGGCCAACAUCCUCAUCCGAGAGCCUGAUCAGACCAAGAUGCCCGUCACUUUCCAGAUCCGAAACUACAACGGCCUCAUUUGGCAAUCCGUCGGCAGCGUCAAGAGCACCGCCAAUGAGACGGACUUCACCAGCGCUCUCACCAUUCCGCUCCUGAGCUAUGCAGAGCAGCAAAAGUAUGAGUGGCGGACCUCGAACAACCACUCGGGUGAGCUGACUGCGGCGCCAAAACCCGGCAAGAUGCCAAGUCAAAAUGGAGGGAAAUAUACUUUCUUGUCUACCUCGUGCAUCUUGCCGCGAUUCCCCUACUCGCCUUUGGAUCAUCCGCUUGCCAUUCCAGGAUUACGAAAUCUUGCCAAACGACUUCCUGAGUUGGGCGCGCAGUUUAUGCUAUUCUUGGGUGAUUUUAUCUAUGUCGAUGUUCCCGAGCGCUUUGGCAAGUCAGUCGAAGAGUACCGUAUGCAAUAUCGGCAGGUGUAUGCCUCUCCCGAUUGGGCUUCUGUUGGCCAGAAUUUGAGUUGGAUUCAUGUUUUGGAUGAUCAUGAGAUUGAGAAUGAUUGGUCUGCAAACACUACCGGGGUUUACCAAAAUGCUGUAGACCCAUGGCACAUUUACCAGGCUCAAAUCAACCCUCCGCGAGCUGUGACUGCUGGCACUAAGAGCGAGCGCCGCAGGGGUGCGACAUGGUUUGAGUUUGUGCAGGGCCCCGCGAGCUUCUUCAUGCUUGACACCCGCAGUUACCGAUCCAGCAAUCAGCUGCCGUUUAAUGAGACGGAGAAGACAAUGCUGGGUGCCGAUCAAUUAGCCGACUUUUUAGCCUGGCUUGGACGACCUGAGCCCAAGGGCGUACGGUGGAAGUUUGUGGCAUCGUCUAUUCCUUUCACAAAGAAUUGGCCUGUGAAUGUUAAGGACACUUGGGGUGGCUUCUUGGUCGAAAGAAAGAAAAUCCUCGAAGCCAUGUGGGCUGUUUCUGCCCGCGGAGUCGGAGUCGUGGUCUUGUCCGGAGAUAGGCACGAAUUCGCCGCAACCAAAUUCCCGCCCCCUCCAGAGUCCGACUGGUCAGAGGAGUCUACCGUCUAUGAGUUUUCCACAAGUCCGCUCAAUCAGUUUGCGUCUCCUAUUCCUUCAUAUAAGCAGGUGGACGAUGAGGACGUUUUGAUCCAAUAUCAUCACUCUGGCAUGUCAAAGUUUGGCUCGUUCACUAUCGAAGAGGAAGAUGGUGAGAGCAAACUCCUCUACCGACUCUUCAUCAGCGGCGAGGAGAAAUGGAACACGACCAUCACAGCACCGCCAGUUCCCCCUGAAGAGGAGAAGAAGGCUUCUUCGGGAUCUUUUUGGGAUAGGCUCAGAGGCUGGUAACUUUGUUAUAUAAAUGGAACAAGACCUUGGAGUUUGUUUGGCGUCUGCCUGGGAGAUUUUGGGUGUCACUUAUCGGCUGAUGGGGAUGUUUCUAAGGCCAUUUUCCACCUCUUGGAAUGUGUAUGAUGAGAAGCCGUGCACGGAUGACAUGUCUUGUCAGUUUUGUUUGGGACGCAACAGGGACCCGUUUUCACAUGUGGCGACAAUAUGGUGAUGAGGAUUGCUUUUUAUUGGAUUAUCAUGUAUGAAAACAAAACGGUUUAAGCUUAUCGCUCAAAAUGUGCUACUCUCGUUUUUGCUCAUACAAUGCCUGCCGGCUGACUUUCAUUAACAGCUCAAAUUAGGUAUUCUCAUUUCAUCACAUCGUCAAGUUCUGUUUCCGGACACCACCUCUUGGAACCAGUCAAAAACAACUUGGUUUUGCAGCACAGCAGCGCCAAUCGAGCAGUGCUCACCUGCUCCAUCCUCGGCCGUGAACAAGUGAUACGUCGCCAGUUCUCCAACAGCUUCAGCAACAGUCUUUGCCUGUCCAGGCAACAAGUCAUCCUUCUCCGCUUCAGCCACGAAGAACGGGACGCUGAUAUUGUGGACGGCAUCGCCUAGCUUAUAGUCCAGGCACUUUGUUGCCCACUCAUAUGGCGACUUGGUGUUGAACGCCCACAAGCCCUGCUCAAUCGCCCAGCGGAAAGAAGUGGGCGCUUCGGGACUCGACACGGCGAACUUGACGGCCUGGUCAACUCCCUCUUUGUUGCCGGCUUUAUAAAGCUCAAGCAGCUCCGGAGGGAACUUUUGGAAAACCGCCGCGCCAAAGUCGCUGACACCGUCAAUGGCCAUGACGGCGGCGAUGCGAGGCUCGAAUCGAGGCUCCAUGGCUGCGGCGCGAGCAGCGAGAUAUCCACCUAGAGAGUAUCCCCAAAGACCAAUGGCGUC